AUGGCUCCCGACUGGCAGCUGCUCUACCUCUACGGAGGCGACAACCCCUGGGAUUCGAGUCUUUGGACCGAUUCUGAUGAUCGAGUACGCGGCGGCAAGAGCCAAUCUCACUUGCACUGCGAGUCACCGGAAAAGGCCAAAUUUUUUGGGAACCUGGAUAUCACAGCCCUGGGAGGGGCUGGUUUCGCAUCUCAAAGAACACUAGGCACGCUCCAUCUGGAUCUGAGCCAAUAUGACGGGCUUGCCAUCAACAUCUUGCAAAGUGACUCCAAGAAGUACACUCUCACCAUCAAAGACGAAAUACUACCGCCAAGAGAGGAUGGCCGUGACCAAAGCACGGUCAGCUGGGAGUAUGAUUUCAUACCCGAGGCUGGAGAGGUUAAGAUCUCAUGGGAUGACCUGAAGCCUACCUACAGAGGCAGGCCCAAACCCGACGCCAAGCCCCUAGAUGUGUCCAAUAUCAAGAGGAUCAGCUUCAUGAUGCGAAGCUACCCGACCAUCCUGGUGGAGUUGGGUUUGCGGAUGGGCUAG